AAAUAUUUGUUUAAAUGUGUCUUAAGUUAAGUGCAUAAUCAGUAGCCCAACGGCAGCAAUUCGACAACAUUUGAGAAUUCAGCAAAAUCGAUAAGCUUCAGCAUCAGCAUCAGCAUCCGCACUAUUUGAUAGCCACAGCAGGGGGGCCGCCGUCACCCAGCCAGAAGGCAACUAACCAACCACCCACCACCAGCAGCACCACCACCAACAACAUUCGCAUAAGCCACCCCACCUGAUAUAGUAGUAUUUGUCGCAAUCAUGUCAUUCAUAACAAAAUUGAAGGCGACUCCAUUGCCGCCAUUGAAGAAUAUACUCAAUGUGGCCAUCCAAACGGCCAGACAGCAAAUUCCAGAGCGCAAGGAUUACCAGCAGCCACCCGGCGCGAGCGGCAGCCAUCCACAUCUGCAACAGCAGCACCAGCAGCAGGGUCAAGGUCACGGCAUGUUUGCGCCAGGUGAUGCCAAUGGCGAUGGCAGCGAUCAGCCCACAGAGAUGAGCUCGAAUCCCUUUCGCAAUGCCGGCAGCUGGUCAAAUGAGGAUGGGGAAGGGGACUACAAAAACGAAUACCAGAGCACAUCCUUUGUGGGCAACGAUUACGAUGGCAGGUAUCAGCAGACAGAUGGAUUCAGGCAGGGCAGCAUCGCCUCGGAGGGCAGCUCGUUUGUGUGCGAGGGUGAGGGUGGCGGCGGCUCCAAGAUCGACGAGUUCCAAGCGGCCUGGAAUGUGACAAACGCCAUCCAGGGCAUGUUCAUCGUAUCGCUGCCAUUCGCAGUGCUCCACGGCGGCUAUUGGGCCAUCAUCGCUAUGGUGGGCAUUGCGCACAUCUGUUGCUACACGGGCAAGGUGCUCGUGCAGUGCCUCUACGAGCCGGAUCCCAGCACGGGUCAGCUGGUGCGCGUACGGGAUAGCUAUGUGGCCAUUGCCAAGGUAUGCUUCGGUCCCAAGCUGGGCGCACGAGCCGUCAGCAUUGCCCAGCUAAUCGAGCUGCUGAUGACCUGCAUCUUGUAUGUGGUCGUCUGUGGGGAUCUGCUGGCUGGCACGUAUCCUCAGGGCUCGUUCGAUUCGCGCUCCUGGAUGCUCUUCGUGGGCAUUUUCCUGCUGCCCAUGGGCUUCCUCAAGUCCCUCAAAAUGGUGUCGACGCUCUCCUUCUGGUGCACCAUGUCACAUAUUGUGAUAAACGCCGUCAUCCUGGGCUAUUGCCUGCUGCAGAUUGGCGAUUGGGGCUGGUCAAAGGUGCGCUGGAGCAUUGACAUGGAGAACUUUCCCAUUUCACUGGGCGUCAUUGUCUUCUCGUACACCUCGCAGAUAUUCUUGCCCACGCUCGAGGGCAACAUGAUAGAUCGCUCCAAGUUCAACUGGAUGCUGGACUGGUCCCACAUAGCCGCUGCGAUAUUCAAGGCUGGCUUCGGCUACAUCUGCUUUCUCACCUUCCAGAAUGACACGCAGCAGGUGAUAACCAAUAAUCUGCACUCGCAGGGCUUCAAGGGCAUGGUCAACUUCUUUCUGGUCAUCAAGGCCAUCCUCAGCUAUCCAUUGCCAUAUUAUGCUGCCUGCGAGCUGCUCGAGCGCAACUUCUUCCGUGGCCCGCCAAAGACCAAGUUUCCGACCAUCUGGAAUCUGGAUGGUGAGCUGAAAGUGUGGGGCCUGGGCUUCCGAGUGGGCGUCAUUGUGUCCACCAUACUUAUGGCCAUAUUCAUACCACACUUUUCGAUACUGAUGGGCUUCAUUGGCAGCUUCACGGGCACCAUGCUGAGUUUUAUUUGGCCCUGUUACUUCCACAUCAAGAUCAAGGGCCAUUUGCUAGACCAAAAGGAGAUAGCGAAGGACUACGUCAUCAUUGCGCUGGGCGUGCUCUUUGGUGUUAUAGGCAUCUAUGAUUCGGGCAAUGCUCUAAUCAAUGCAUUCGAAAUUGGUCUUCCAUUUUAAAACAAUUGUUACAAAACGAAACGUAAGCGAAAACAAAUUUAUAGUUUAGUUAACGAAAGCUCUAAUCAAACUACCAAUAACAAAGUAUAUAUAUGUAUUUCUGUAUAUAUACAGUUAUACAUUUGUUGGAUUCGUUUGGGCUGCAUUCAUGGCAUGUCUUCCAAACUAACUAAAUUUGUCAAAUGCAGUCCAUGACGGAUAUCAAGAAACUUAGUCUAUAAGAAAUGAAACGCAAGUCUUCCAAAACAAAUGCGAACAAAAUGUCUUCCAAACAUGAUAUAUAUACAAA